AAUAGCUGAAAUAAAAAUUGUUUUUUAAAGAUGUUCUGCAAUCCAUAUUUCAUGCUUUAAACUAUCUAUACAGGAAUGUUUCUGUGAUCCUGUUUUGAUUGUUUUGUAAUAGAUCUACAAGAUGUUUUCACGAUCUAUGAUUCUGUUUUGUCAUUUUUUUAAAUGAUCUACAGAAAUGUUUUCAAAUUUCUACAAUCCCAUUUUUAACUGCUUUUAUAUGAUCUAUGCCGAUGUUUUUCUACAAUCCAAUUUGACUGUUUUUUAAUGAUUUAUGCGAAUGUUUCUUUUUAUCUGAAUGAAUUUACUCUUUUAUACUAUUUUUUCAUUAUAGCAUACAACAAUGGACAUUCAAGCAAUGGAAUGUAUGAAAUGCCAAGAUUUAAAAAAGAGAAUUGCGGAAUUGGAAAAAGAAUUGAGUGAAUUGAAAUUACACAAGUUGCGGGAGAGUAAUCAGAAACUCUCAGUUUCAUCAAACCAUUUUCCUUUUAAAAAAUGCAAUUUGUCCAACAAAGACAUACAAAGAUACUCAAGGCAAAUUAUUUUACCAGAAAUAGCUGUGAAUGGUCAGUAUAAGCUUCAAGCAUCAUCAGUGCUGGUAGUUGGUGCUGGUGGCCUUGGUUGUCCAGCUGCCAUGUAUUUGGCAGCUGCAGGCAUAGGUUGCAUUGGUCUUGUUGAUCACGAUGUUGCUGACUUAAGCAAUCUACAUCGACAGGUGCUUCAUAAAGAAGAUACCAUAGGAAAAGAAAAAGUUGAUUCUGCCAUUGCAGAGCUUAAAAGGUUAAACUCAAGUGUAAAAUUUAAUAGAUAUCACAUAGUUCUUUCAUCUGGAAAUGUUUUGGAUGUUAUAAAAGAACAUGACAUUGUUCUUGAUUGUACAGACAACGUUGCUACAAGGUACCUAUUAAACGAUGCUUGUGUGUUUGCAAAGAAGACAUUGAUUUCUGGCAGCGCAUUACGAUUUGAAGGCCAGCUGACAGUUUAUAAUCAUAAGAACGGACCGUGCUAUAGAUGUCUUUAUCCUUCUCCACCCCCAGCGGAAACUGUCACCAACUGUUCAGAUGGUGGAGUGAUCGGAGCAGUAACUGGUGUAAUCGGUUCAUUGCAAGCAUUAGAAGCUGUAAAAAUUAUCACUGGCAAUGAAUGUUCUUACGCUGGUAAAAUGUUGCUUUAUGAUGGAUUAAAUGGAACUUUCCGAAAUAUUAAACUGCGUGAACGGAAGCCGAAUUGUGUUGUUUGUGGAGAUAAUUCAUCUGUGACAGUGUUGCAAGAUUACGAACAGUUCUGCGGAUCGACCGCAUCUGAUAAAGAACACAGUGUGCAUUUGUUGGAAAAAGAUAAAAGAAUAACAGUACAGGAUUAUGCGACAUUAAUGAAAGCCGGAGGAGAGCAUCUGUUAGUUGACGUUCGACCGAAGAUUGAAUUCGAAAUUUGUUCCUUAACCAAUUCAAUAAAUGUACCUAUUGAAGAUGUAUUACGCAUGCGCGACUUACACGACGUCGAAGAAGCGGUCAGAAAGAAGCUACCGGUAUAUAUUGCAUGCAAACGAGGUAAUGAUUCACAAAAGGCGGUCCUGAAAAUACUCGACUAUGUUAAAACACGAGGAAUAAGUGAUAAAGUUACGGUAAAAGACAUUAUUGGAGGUUUAUCGAGCUGGAGUAGGAACGUUGAACCAAAUUUUCCUACGUAUUAAAUUUAAUACUUUGUAAUUUCAUGGGAUUGACAGAAAGAAAUAACUUCUACAUA